AUGGGAAAACUCAACGUAACAAUCUUACGCUACCUCACACGUGAAGAUUUCCGCGUAUUAACUGCGGUUGAAAUGGGAAUGAAAAAUCAUGAACUUGUUCCAGGAGCUUUGGCAGCAGCUAUUGCCAAUUUAAAGGCAGGUGGUGUACACAAAUUGCUGCGAGAACUUUGCAAGCAUAAAUUAUUAACGUACGAGCGUGGGAAGAAAUAUGAUGGUUACCGCCUCACGAACAUGGGCUACGAUUAUUUGGCACUGAAAUCCUUAUCACUCCGCGGAUCGGUUGCUUCUUUCGGAAAUCAAAUCGGAAUUGGUAAAGAGUCUAACAUCUACAUCGUAGCAGAUGAGGAGGAGAACCCACUUUGCUUGAAGCUGCAUCGACUGGGCCGAACCUGCUUCCGAAACAUCAAAUCAAAACGGGAUUAUCACGGCAAGCGGCACAAGGCUUCCUGGUUAUACUUGUCACGUAUUUCAGCAACGCGCGAAUUCGCAUAUAUGACCGCCUUGCACGACAGAGGCUUCCCAGUACCCAAACCGAUCGAUUUCAAUAGGCAUUGUGUUAUCAUGGAGCUCGUCAACGGGUAUCCACUGACCCAAGUAAGUGAAGUUGAUGACCCCGAGGCCCUUUAUGACGAGCUUAUGGACCUCAUUGUACGGUUAGGUAACUCUGGGGUCAUACAUGGAGAUUUCAACGAAUUCAAUUUGAUGAUCACAGAAGAAGGAAAGCCCAUUCUCAUUGAUUUCCCGCAAAUGAUGUCUACAUCUCACCCCAAUGCAGAAUAUUUCUUUGAUCGAGAUGUUAAUUGUGUCCGUGAACUUUGCCGCCGUAAAUUCGGCUAUGAGAGCAGCACCUAUCCAACCUUCAAGGAUUUAGUUCGCGAGGACGACCUGGAUGCUGAGGUCCAUUGCACUGGUUACGCAUUCACAAAGGAAAUGGAAAAGGAUCUGCUGCAGGAAUAUGGCAUGGUAGAUCCAGACUCUGAAUCGGAUUCUGAAAACGAUGCACAUAAAGAGCCAGAUGUACGGCAGGACACCAAGGAAGACUUAAUUCAGUAUCGACAACAAAUGGAAAGUGAAAUGAAAUUUGCCGAGGAAAAAGCGAAAACAGCUAAGGAAAAAUCUGAUUAUUCAAUCAGGAAAUAUAUUGAAUCGUGCUCGCAGUAUCUAGGAACAGUUUCCUUAGCUGAAAAUGCCGAAAAUGAAUCCACCCCCGAGCAAGCCAACAUCGAAAUCACUCAGGAUAAAGUUGAACUUCCACCUGAAACAAAUACAACCCUAAAUAAUACGCAGCUAACUCAAAAUGAGGAUGACAACCAGUCUGAGCACACAGUCAGCUCUAACGACCUAGAAACUGACGCUUGUCCGGAACUGGUUAACGUAGAUCCGAAUUCGCGUCUUUACCGUUUUAAGAUGGUCGAGAAGAUUCUUUCCGAUGCUCGCAGUAUGCGUUCAUUUUCUACGAAUGCAAGCACAAUCGCUCCAAGUGUGAUAAAGGAUCGUGUUAAGAAAAACAUGGAUUUACGGGAGAAGCAGGACAUGAGGAAAAAAUGCGUUGCGAAAGGCGAAGCGAAUGCUACUACACGGCAUCGCCGUGAGAAUAAGGAUGUGGUGAAAGAAUAUGCCGGUUGGGAAUUUUAGGUUUCUGUGUAUACAAGUUUUUAGAUGACAUUGAAUAAAAUAACAUUUUCAUUGAGCAA